AUAAACCUCUAAGCCUUCUUCUUACCCACUCCUUCUCGAUGGAUCCGAUUGCUUCCUCGUUCUUCUCAUCCACCUUUCUUUAUGCUUCCUCGGAAGAGAGCUGGUGGAGGAGAAGUUGCAGUAGAAGGAGAAGGGAGACCUACAUGUAACGCCACCGAAUCGCUCAUCAAAAAGCACUGGAUCGAAACCGCUGCUGCGGCCACGGGAUCUCCCGCAACCACUACCGCCGUCAACGUAAACAACAACAGCAGCAACUCCGGCAACACUAGCAGUAACAGCAACAGUGGCCCGUCGAUCAUGCCGCAAAGGAACACGGCGUCGUACAAUUCUAUGAUUUGUUGUUACAGCAGAUUCGGCUGCCCUGAUGAUGCUUGGCGCGUUUUAAAAGAGAUGAUGGCUUGUUGAUUAAGGCCAAACCAAUUCACUCUCGGGGUAUGCUGUCGUGUGCUUCGAUGGAUCUCAGUCAUGGGGUUAGAUUGCAAUCACUAGCGAUGAAAAGCGGGCUGUUAGCUGCUGAUGCUUUUGUGGGAACUUCUUUGUUGGGAUUGGUUGGAAGGUAUGGGUGCUUAGAAGAGGCAUCACUGAUUUUCAGGAUAUGCCCAAAAAGAGCUUAACGACAUGGAAUCCGAUCAACUCUUGCUUUGCUAGUCACGGCUUGGUGGAAGAUAGGAUGUGUUUGUUUUGUGAACUCGUGAGAGCAGAAGAGGGUACUUUAUCUGAAGGCUCUCUUUUGUUGGUGUUUUGUCUGGAUUAGCACGUGAUAAAGCUUUUGGAUUUGG